AUGGAUUCAGAAGCUGCUUUAGAUGUUGAAGUAGAAGCUGUCUUGGACGUGAAUACAGAAGUUGCCUUAGAUGUUGAUGUGAAAGUCACUUUAGAUGUGAAUACAAAAGCUGCCUUAGAUGUUGAUGCGGAAGCUACCUUAGAUGUAAAUACAGAAGCUGCCUUGGAUGUUGAUGUUAAUGUAAAAGCCACUUUAGAUGUUGAUAGAGCUUCAGAUGAUAUAUUCUUUAUCAUUGAUACUCUUUUUUAUUUUACAAUUUGCUAUAAAGGUUUCGUAGAUUUACUGGUAGAAAUAGAAGUAUUGGUGUUAUUUUGUUUAAAUAGUUUAUUUAAGUUACUUACCAAAGAAGAUGAUUUUGAUGUAAAUGAUAAUGUGUAUGAAGAAGAUGUUGAUAUAUGUGAAGAUGAUGAUAUACGUGAAAAAGAAGACGAAAAUAUAUAUAAAGAAAAUAAUAUAUUUGAAAAUGAUGAUAAUGAUAUAUAUGAUGAUAUACGUGAAAGAGAUGAUGGUGUAGAUGAAGAUGAUGAUAUUUAUGAAGAUGAUGAUUAUGUAUGCGAAGAAGAUGGUAUAUAUGAAGGUGAUAAUGAUGUAUCACCUUAG